AUGUUUUCAUUUUCCUCUAAGUCAAAGAUUGACAGAUUUACUGAACAACCUGUGUCGUUUAAGGAAAAGUUCUUAUCUAAGAAGGCAAGGUUCAAGGAAUUUGUAAAGACAAAGGUCUUUAAUAGGACCCCUUCCCCACCUCUCAUUGAAUUCUCUGAGGAGUAUUUAUUCGACUGUUAUGCACCUUUUGAUUUGGAGGCACAGAUUAAAAGGGAUCCUGCUCUAACUAUUCUAUCCAGAAAAGUGAAGAAUAAGUGCUACUCUAUAAGAGAUUAUAAGAGAAAGGUUUUUAAUGGUUCUGCUAGAACAUUCUUUAAGGAUAAAGCUAGCUUGUGGGCAGGGUGGUCUACAGAUUCUGAAAUUCCUGUUUCCAAUAAAUAUACUGCAGCUUACCCUAGUCCUGUUAACUCUUCCGAUGACACCCUACCAGUAUUAGCCCCUAUUGACGCCUUUUCUAUUCUUGCCGCUACUAAAACUGCUGAGACUGAUUACCAAUACUUGGCUAAUGAUUGUUAUGUUCACUCAAAUAGAGGAGUGGAAAAUGCUGCUGCUAUCUCUGUCAAUGCAAAAUGUUCUGAGGUUGAUUUACGCAAUUUCACUGAUAGCCAAGAUGAGAGAUUUGUUCCGAUGCAAGAAGCUUUUGAAAAGAGUGUGUCAAUGGAAGAACAAUUCUUUGCAGAUAUUUCUACUGAUAAUAUAGGGUUAAAACCUGCUGAAACUAUUAAUGCUACUGAUAUAGGAAGCUUUUUCAAAGAUGCCUCCAAUAUUGAUACUUGGAAGUCGACUGUUUUGAAACCUAUCACUAAUGUAGUCAAUAAUAAUAAUAAUAAUAAUAAUAAUGUUAUAAAGAAUGUUACAUUUAAGGAUUCCAAUCACGAUUUAACAUUUAAAUCAGACGAUCAUAUCGUUGUUGCGACCCAUGAAGACUCAUUAGGUGCUAUAUCCAUUGAUGUUAUCGCCGCUACCAAUUCUAUUGAUCCUGGAGUUGUUGUGAACCAUACUUACUCCGAUGACGAUAGCAUUGACUAUCUCACCAGUUUGAGAAGGACACAUGAGGAAAAUCAUGAUACGACUGAUAAUAACUCAGAAUUUGUAAUUGAAGGUUUCCAGGAGUCUAAGACGAAAAUUCAUGAAAUUGAUGAAACACCAGCUGAUGCUACUGCUGAAGAAGCUAGUUAUGAUCGUAGGACCAAUAAUGAAUUGGUAGGUAAUUCAGGUAGCUUACGUAAAUUUGGAAACUUGCAUACAGACGCUGACGAUACUACUUCCUUUUUGGAUAGUACAAUUUCUGAUAUUGCCGCUGAUGAGGAUGUUUUCUCUUUUGAAGAAGUGGAAGAUCAGGAGGAGGAAUCGACCAAGAGUGAUAGUAAUGGAGUAAGAACUCACAUGCUUAAUUCACUGCCAGCAAUCUCAGAAGAUGACGCUGAAGGACUAAAAGCUUCAAGCGACACUUCCGAAGUCACUGAGACAUGCCCUACCACGCAAUUCAACUGUAAUAUCUUGAAUAAUAAAGAUCCACAAAACAGAUCAACUGAUCUAAGUCAUUCAAUCAUAAUAGCCAACGAUAGCCAAUAUCUAUCGCCAUGUCGCUCUCAAAAUUCUCUAGUUAUCGAUAUUCUUGAAGAGGAUUCCUGCGCAGAGGAGACCUCAUUUAAGUACUCCGACAAAGGUCAAGAAACAGGUGAUAAUUGUUCAGCUAAUAGUUGUAUCAGAGUGAAUGAUAAUAUAUUAAAUCUUGAAGAGUCUGAGAACUCAAUUUUAAUAAUUCAAGAAGAAUGUCAGUUUACUCAUGUAACAAAAGCUAGCCAAUCUAUUUCAAGUCACAAUGUGGAGAAUUCCUUGAAAAGACAAGGAUCUGAUAUUGAGAAAUCUGAUUCUACUGAUGGAGAAACUAACAUUAAGAAUCCUCUAUUGAAGAGGCAAAGGGUAUCUUCUGAAGAAACCGUUUUGGAUGAAGGUUAUUAUUCAGUUCAGGCGCCGAACUCGAAUGAAAUCUUCUCCAAAAAGAUUUCAGAAGAAGUGACCAUUGUCGAUAAUUUAGAGAACAGUAAAUUUAAUUUAGAGAAGAAAAAAACUGGUGGUAGCUCUUACCGUAAGACUAAUGAAAAUCACUUGAAUGAGGAUGUUUGUAACUAUUCUGAAGACUUAUUAGGUGAACAAGUUGUAGAAACUUCUUGUGAAGAAUUCAAAAAUUUGAAAAGCAGGUUUUCAGAUGUUGAUAAUAAUGAGUCGUGUAGUGGUGUCAAAGAUCAUUGCUCUCAAGGAUCUGUUGAUGUUGGUUCUAAAUCUGUGCUUCAAUGUGGUGCCACCAUUGAAGAAUCAAUAAUAUCAACGAAUGCCUUGAAAAACGAAUCUGUUCGUGAUUUACCUUCUAAUUUCGAGGUAAAGAAUGUUUCUGAUCUCUCAAAUUUGGACAGUAAUACUAACAGUCUAGAAAACUCUUUCAAAGAUCAAUGUAAAUUUGGGAUUGACAUAGUUAAAUCAUUCAUUAAGUCUUCUAAGGUUAAUGAGUCCAAUACGGAAAUAGAUGAAUCUGUUGAGAGCCUUCUCGAUAUUGAGGAACAAUCGGACUAUGAGUAUUUUUUGGUCCCAACAUUUAGAGGUGAACUUAAAAAUAAGAUCAGUCUGUCUAGUUUUAUUAGCUCUGAAAAAGAGAAUAGCAUUCGAGUGAAUUCAAAGAUAUUUAAUAAGACAUUUCAAUGUGUUAAAAGGCCCAUAUCGUUCAGAAAUAAAACAUUUUAUGAAAAUGAGCUAGAAGCAGGUCCAGAUUAUGAUGAACUGCCUGAAUUUUCAGAUUUUGGAUCAGAUAUCGAGUCGGGAAGCAUAUCUAUGCCAUCAAAAGGUAGUAUAAGAUUUGACAAUAAAUCUUACGUUUGUGUUUUUGACAAGAACAAGGCGGUUGAUAGUAGUAAUAGUAAGAACGAAGUUAGUACUAUCUCAAGUUCGACAGGGACAUCUGAUUGCUCCUUGUCACUGAAUAAUUGUUCCGGCAGAUUAUUCAAUCCAGAAAAAAGGUCGAUAUUGAAGAAGAAGAUCAGCGAUAAAAUAUUUCAAGAAGCUAAUCGUAUGGUCUCUUGUGAUAAUAUAGGUAUCGAUUCUUUUUUGAAAAUGUUGGAUAAAGGUGAAGAUGAAAGGGCAUCUGAUAUGGAUUCUAUCUCUACCAAGAAGCACAUGCAACUUAGAAAUUACUUUGACAAUUUUGUGAAUAAGAAUGAGGACAUGAAUUCAAGCAUUUACGAACAAUUUGAAAGGUGCAUUGAGGCUACAGCAGAUAAUAUCGGACGGCCAAUCUAUGACUAUGACUGUCUUAAUGGCAAAGAGAGGGAACUAAUUGACGAAAUGAUUUGA